AGCAGCAGCAGGGUGACCUUGUGCCCUUUGGAGUUUGACUCCUUUUAAAUGUUAACAGUUGUAGCCCACUAAGUGCUGGGCCCUGUGUAAGUCCUUCACCUGCAUUUUCUCAUUUCAUCCCCUGGAGUGUCGGGACCAUUAAUAACCCCAUUUUACAGAAGAGGAAACUGUGAAGUUGGGGUUACUCACCAAUUCUGUGUGUCCUGUGGUCUCUGAACCCAGCUUCACUAAGAAUACAAGCCAGGACAACUUAUUCCGCCUCCCCGAGUUUAACACACAGUAGGUGUUCAAUCAGUGCUCACUGGAUGAUGUCCCUGCAGAACAGCCUGCAAGGAGACCUCACCUGCCCUCCUCCCAUCGCUUUCCUCCCCAAGAUGUCUUCACUCCAACCUAUGAUCAUAAUAGCAGCUGCCACUUAUCGAGCACCUACUGCAUGCCAGGCUGUGGGAUCUGGUGCCAUUUACAAUUAGAUCGUGGUCCCCGUUUUACACAAAGGAAAUUGAAGCUCAGAGAGACUAAUGGGCCCAAGAUCGCACACCCACGUCUAUUUGGUACCCAAGAUUCUAACUAAGGACAUUGUCUCAGUGCCCCAUCAACCUGAUCUGCCCCAGCCAACCUCUGGUCGUACCUCCACAAACCAGGUUGUUCACUCCUUCAGCCUGACACCUUUGGUCACUUCCCCCAAAGGCCUCCUUUGAUUCUCAGUUCUUCUCAGGAACUCCUUUAAUUUCUAUCGCUAUGUACUCAUUACUAUCCUGUUACGCCGACGGCCCACCUACCCUCCCACACAUGCCCCAGGGGACUUCAGCGGAAAUAGUAGAGAUGAGGAAGAAGCAUAUCAAAUUUUUCCUCCCUAGCCCAGGUCUGCAGACCCUAGAUGCAGGUCUUGCUCUCCGCCAGGCGAAGUUCCAAGCGAGGCCACCGGAUGGCGCCCGGCUCGCUCGGGCAGAGCUUGCAGUAGAGACGUGCGGCCGCCAGAUGGCGGUCGAGGCCGCAGCUCCGCGGGCAGUACCCCGACAAGGCGAAACAGGGAGGGCCGGAAGGUCCCAGUGCGUUCCCGGGUGCCCCAGCACAAGUGACCUUGCCGCCGCAGCCUCCUGCCCGCGCCAUGACCCAGCCCAUGCCCCGGAUUUCUGUGCCCGCCGCGCUGGCCCUGGGCUCGGCCGCUCUGGGCGCUGCCUUCGCUACUGGCCUCUUCCUGGGGAGACGGUGCCCUCCAUGGCGAUCCCGGCGAGAGAAGCGCCUGCUGCCCCCUGAGGACAGCCCCCUGUGGCAGUAUCUGCUGAGCCGCUCCAUGCGUGAGCAUCCGGCGCUGCGGAGCCUGCGGCUGCUGACUCUGGAGCAGCCGCAGGGGAAUUCCAUGAUGACCUGUGAGCAGGCCCAGCUUUUGGCCAACCUGGCGCGGCUCAUUAAGGCCAAGAAGGCGCUGGACUUGGGCACUUUCACAGGCUACUCAGCCCUAGCAUUGGCUUUGGCGCUGCCCCCGGCCGGGCGCGUGGUGACCUGCGAGGUGAACCCGGGGCCCCCAGAGCUGGGGCGGCCCCUGUGGAGGCAGGCUGAGGAGGAGCACAAGAUCGAUCUUCGAUUGAAGCCCGCCCUGGAGACCCUGGGUGAGCACAGGAGUGGAAAGGGCCCACGCGCCAUUUCCCAAAUGGGGCCACCAGGGGCUUCCGGUCAUCGGGGCUUUCGGACUCAGCCGCAUCUGCCCCUCCCUUCCCCGCAAGACGAGCUCCUGGCUGCGGGCGAGGCCGGCACCUUCGACGUGGCAGUGAUGGACGCCGACAAAGACAACUGCACCGCCUACUACGAGCGGUGCUUGCAGCUGCUGAGACCCGGAGGCGUCCUCGCUGUCCUCAGUGUAAGGGAUAGAAUAGGGGAAGAAUCCUCUCGGGCUGAGUGUGUCUGUCGCCCUUGGCCCCUCCCUAUGCCACGCCCCCAAACGCCCCACCCAGUACUCAGGUCCUCUGGGGAGGAGAGGUGUUGCAGCCUCAGCCUCGGGACCCGCAGGCCCAGUUCGUGCGAAACCUGAAUGAGCGCAUCCUACGGGAUGCCAGGGUCCACAUCAGCCUCCUGCCCCUGGGCGACGGCCUCACUUUAGCCUUCAAGAUCUAAGGUUGGCACCUAGCUGUGGCCUCGAUGGAGGGGACCUGGGAACCCCAGCCAUCGACCCAGUUUUAAAUCUGUCAAUAAAGUGAGGUCUAGACGGGA